AUGCCGUAUCGCAGUGUGAUAUCUCAGUCAGCAAGCAGUGACCAAGUUGAGCAAGAACUAUACAAGCUAAUGACAAUGCAGACAAGGGUCUACAUUGUGCAUAUGUUACCAACCACCGGCUCCAUCCUCUUCAAAAAGGCCAAGGAGAUCGGAAUGAUGACUGAAGCCUAUGUGUGGAUUUUGACGGAUGGGAUCGCAAAUAUCGUCAACUCGCUAAGCCCUUCAGUUCUUGACGCAAUGGAUGGUGCAUUGGGUGUGAGGUUCCAUGUACCUAGAUCAAAGGCACUCAAUGAUUUCACUGCAAGAUGGAACAAGAGGUACAAACAGGAGUACCCAGACGACUCACUGUCGCAACUAAGCAUUUACGGCCUCUGGGGUUAUGAUGCUGUUUGGGCCCUGGCACUAGCAGCAGCAAAGGUUCGCAUGACCAGACCCACAUUUCAGAAGCAGCAAAAAUACAGAAAGAACUCAACCUUUGUUGGAACUUUGGGUGUUUCUACAGUUGGUCCAAAACUCUUGGAUGCGAUCUUACAAUGCAAGUUCAGAGGCUUGAGUGGUGAUUUUGACCUCAGAAACAGACAGCUCCAGUUUUCCACAUUCCAGAUAAUUAAUGUGGUUAGAAGAGAAUCAAAAGAAAUAGGUUACUGGACAGCAAAGCAAGGAAUAUUCAGGAACCUGAAUCAAGAUGUGUCAGCACACACCUAUUUACACCCUAUGCCUGAUCUCAACCCAGUGGUCUGGCCAGGACAAACACAUAUAGUGCCUAAAGGAUGGCAAAUUCCUACCAACGGGAAGAAGCUCCGAGUAGGUGUACGGACAAGUGGAUAUUCUGAGUUUAUGAAGGUGGAGAGGGAUCCUGUCACCAAUGCGAUAACGGCAACAGGAUAUGCGAUAGAUGUAUUUGAAGAGGCGAUAAAGAAACUACCAUAUGCAGUCCCUUAUGAAUAUGUAUCAUUUGAUGCACUCGGAGUAAAUUAUAGGAGCUAUAAUGAUUUUGUCUACCAAGUUCCUCUUGGGGUGUAUGAUGCAGCAAUUGGGGAUAUAACCAUCCGGCACAACAGAACAUCUUACGCCGACUUUACACUACCUUAUACUGAAUCUGGGAUAGCAAUGAUUGUGCCAGUCAAAGACAACACGAAUAAGAACACAUGGAUUUUCUUGAAGCCAUUAACUGGUGACUUGUGGUUUGCAAGCAUCGCAUUUCUUAUCUACACAGGAAUUGUCAUCUGGCUAUUGGAGCGACGAAUAAGAAAUGCAGAAUUGACUGGUUCAUUCUUCCGCCAGCUUGGGAUAGCAAUAUAUUUCUCCUUCUUUGCAGACAGGGAAAGGAUAGAAAGUAUUUUGUCUAGAUUGGUUGUUGUUGUAUGGGUCUUUGUGCUUCUCGUAAUUACAUCAAGUUAUACCGCCAAUUUGUCAUCGAUGCUGACAGUGCAGAAGCUUCAACCCACAGAAACAGAUGUUCAUGAACUCCUUAAAAGAGGAGAGUAUAUGGGGUACCGUACUAGUUCUUACGUUAGGGAACUACUAGAACAACUUGGUUUUGAGAGAAGCAAGAUCAGGGCGUACAAUAAUCCAGAUGAUUUUGCUGAUGCGCUCAAUAAAGGGAGCAAAAAUGGUGGAAUCGCUGCCGCCAUACAUGAAGUACCAUACAUCAAAUUAUUCCUCGCUAAGCACUGCAAAGGUUACACGAUGGUUGGACCGAUUUACAAGUCUGAAGGUUUUGGCUUUGCGUUCCCCAAGCGAUCCCCUCUGGUCGACGACUUCUCAAGGGCGAUCCUCAAGAUAACAGAGGGAGAUGCUAUCAUUCAGAUAGAAAAGAAGUGGAUUGGAGAUGAGCAUGCCUGUAAGAACGACGAAACCAUUAUCAGCCCGAGCAGCCUAAACUUCAAAAGCUUUUCAGGGCUCUUUCUAGUCACAGGAGUUGCUUCAACUUCUGCCCUUCUGGUAACACUGGUGAUGUUUCUCUACAAGAACAAGCACAAGAUGGGGAUCAAAAUAGGCCGUGAUCAGGUUCAGCGGGGACAUGGAAAAACGCGCCGAAGGAUUCAAGAAAGCGCAACAGAUUCCGACAUACUGCGCCGAAUGAUUCAGUUGACUACACCUGCCAGCAAGAGAUAG